UUACAAAUUAAAUUUCAAACAAAAAGCAAAGACGGUUGGGCACAUGUUUUAAAGAGUUUUAAACAAAUAUAUUAAUUAUUUUACACGUAUUUUACAAUAGAUUAUUAAUUAUGGAUUCGCCAACUCCUGGUGAUUAUAAUGCCUUGUUGGAUUUGCAUAAAAACUUGAAACAGGAAUACGAAGAGGUAAAGCAAGAUUUACAUCAUGUUAAAAGAAAACAAAAAGUUAACGAAGCCUUGAUUUUUGAAUAUCGGGGCGAAAUUGAAAUUCUACAAGCAGAAAAAUCCAACGGUGGCUUGAAAUACGAAAAGAAAAUAUCAAGUUUGGAAGAAGCAUUGAACAUCCUUAGAUCAAGUCAUUCACAAACUACAUCACAUUUGGAAAACGAUUUGGCAAAAAAAGAAGAAGAAAAUGAAACAUUGAAAGCCGAAUUGGAAAUUCUCAAACAAAAAAUUGCAUUGUUAGAAGAGAAUAACGAUGUUUCUUUGAAGCUGAAUGAACCUGACAUUGUAGCAGAAAAUGAAAUUCUGAGAGAAAAUUUAGAAAAAUUGCAAGACGAUUAUGAAAUGAUACUGUCACGGCAUCACGAGAUGGACGAAAAACUCAUUGAAUAUAGAGAGGAAAUAUGUGAAUUGAAAGAAAGUUUAAAUACGAAAAGGGAGGAACUUUUGGAAAAAACGUUAUUAAUUGAUCAGUUGAAUGAUGACUUAUUUAUUAUUAAUAGCGAAUUGGAAAGUUUAAAAAAUAAACCUUUGCAGAAGGAGAGUAAAGGAAAUUCACUGUUUGCAGAAGUGGAUGACAGGCGUGUUCAUUUGCAAAAAACCGUUAAUGACAUGAAAUCAAGUUACAUUUACUUGAAACACGAACAUAGCAAACAUGAACAGAUCAUAGCACAUUUGCGCAAAGAAAAUGCCGAAUUGCAAGAUUUAUGGAAAAAGGACUUGGAAGAAAUACAAGAAGAUCGCGAUGGGAUCAUACAUUCCUUAAAUGAUCGUAUCCAAAUCUUGGAAGAAAUCAACAAAAGACAAACCCGACAAUUAGAAGAAGACCUGACACCUCCAAGUGAUGACUUGUGUGCUGAAUACAUGUUCUAUCAGGAUAUGAUUGAGUCUAAAAAUGAAGAAAUUAGAAAACUGGGAAAGAAACUCUCAGACAGGACCAUUACUGAGCACAUGCUAUCAGCUUCGGUUGCUCAAGCGCACAAAAAAAUACAACUGAUGCGACUCAAUAUUAUGGAACUUGAACAACAAAUUGAGAGGAACAAGGAAGAAGAAUUGCUGACAAGAGAAAAUCAAAUGUAUACUAGAUUGACUAUGUAUGAGGAGGAGCUUGGUGGCAAAUCGAAAGAGGAGGACGAAAGUUUGGAGGAAGUAUCCGACUUGAAAAGUUGCCUCAAAUCAGUAGAAAACAAACUAAGACUAAGCCCACAAAAUCUCUUAGAAGAUGCUUCCACAGAUACAUCAAUAAAUACAAGUGAAGACUUUGUAAAAGCUGAUUCAUCACCUUCAAAAAUUAAGCAACAUCAAAAUAGCAAUGCUGAAAAUAAAGAAAAUCGAACUAGCAAUAUUACUAAGAGGAAAGGAGUUCAAUUUUCUCAAGGAGUUGUUAGUCCUGCAUUAAAUCCGUCACGUCGAAGAAGCACCCAAAUACAUAUUGUAGAAAAUAAUGACCUUGACACUACUGAUUAAGUAAGUGAUGCUUAUGUAAGAAAAAUAUAUUAUUUUUUUAUUUUACUAAUUAAACAUUUUAAUUUUCCAAUUAGAGUUCAUUUUGAUUUUUUUUCUUAUUGUAAUCACAAAAUUAAAUAGACAUAUCUCAUUUCAAUGUCAAAUGUAUUGUUUAUUUCGUUUUGACCUUCAUUUUUGUUCCUUUUGUACAACCAAUACGAUUUUUAAGUAACUUUAUACAUAAAAUAAGUAAAACUAAAGGUAUUCCAAUGGAAACAGCUACAACGUCUAAAAGGUAAUAUUGAUACCAAUAUAGAUUUUUUAUAGGGCUUUGCAAAUGGGGCGCCCCUUGGUGUCUGAUAACGUACUCUAUCCAAUAGAUAGCAGUGUCCAUAGCUGAUAAAGGCCUGUCUCUGAAUUGGUCAGAGACUUUGUUCAUUGUUUGUUUAUAACUGAAAGUUUGCUAUUAAUUGCUAUUUAACAGACGAAUUAUUCUUACAUUGGCUCAUCCAAUAAUUUUUUCAUUGCCAGCAGCAUAGUUUCUUUGGUAAUUUUGUCAGAAUCCAACUUCAAAGCGUAGCCCAUCAAUUCCGAUUCUUUACUGUUCAAAUGUUGAUCCACAACAUAUGGAAUCAUAAGCAUUGGGACUCCACAGUAGACUGCUUCUUGUGAUCCCAACAUACCUCCGUGGGAGACAAAGAGUUUUACUCUUGGAUCG